CGGGUCCUCCCGGGUCGCUGGGAGGCAGCCGAGCGGCCAGCCCCGGAGGAGCAAGGGCCGCGGCGCGGAGGGGGAGCCGGGAGCAGCAGCCUCGCCAUGCCCUACGCCAACCAGCCUACGGUGCGCAUCACGGAGCUGAGCGACGACAACGUCAAGUUCAUCAUCGAGAACACCGACCUGGCAGUUGCAAAUUCCAUCAGGAGGGUAUUCAUAGCAGAAGUUCCUAUCAUAGCUAUCGACUGGGUUCAGAUCGAUGCCAAUUCAUCAGUGCUACACGAUGAGUUCAUCGCGCACCGAUUAGGCCUGAUUCCCCUUACCAGUGAUGGUGUGGUUGAUAAGCUGCAAUAUUCCAGGGACUGCAACUGUGAUGAAUUUUGUCCCGAUUGCUCGGUGGAGUUCUCUCUCGAUGUCCGAUGUAAUGAAGACCAGACACGGCAUGUCACAUCUCGGGACCUGAUCUCCAACAACUCCCAAGUUAUACCGGUGACGUCCAGGAGAAGGGACAAUGACCCCAAUGACUACGUUGAACCAGAUGACAUCCUGAUUGUCAAGUUACGGAAAGGCCAAGAACUAAGGCUCCGGGCCUAUGCCACGAAGGGUUUUGGCAAGGAGCAUGCCAAGUGGAACCCCACAGCAGGCGUGGCCUUUGAGUACGAUCCAGACAACGCCCUGCGUCAUACAGUCUACCCCAAGCCUGAGGAGUGGCCAAAGAGCGAAUAUUCUGAAAUCGAUGAGGAUGAAGCCCAGGCACCUUAUGAUCCCAACGGGAAGCCAGAAAGGUUUUACUACAACGUGGAGUCCUGCGGUUCUCUGCGUCCCGAGACCAUCGUUCUCUCCGCCUUAUCUGGGUUAAAGAAGAAGUUGAGCGACCUCCAAACUCAGCUGAGUCAAGUGAUCCAGAACGAAGUGCUGACGAUCAACUGAUGAUCCUAAGUUGACCACUUUGGAUCAACUCUGAUUCUGGGGAAAGCUGAGAUCACAGCAGGGCCCGAUUUGCUCAGUGGGAACUAUUCUGCCUCCAUAUCCGAUACCCCUCGGGGGCUUUUCUCUGGCUAACUUCGUGUCAAAACAGGUUUUGUUCUAAAUCGGCGGGGGGUUUUUCCCCCAACCUCAUCCAUUUUAAAAUAUAGGGACUUCAACUCCCAGAAUUCCCUAGCCAACAUGGCUAGACCGCAACUCCAUGUUGGCUGAGGAAUUCUGGGAGUUGAACUGCAAACAUCUUAAAAGUUGUUGAAGUUGAGAAUGGUUCUUCUAAAUUGCAUUCAACAUUCCUCUAACAAAAUAUCGGCCUUAGGUGAGAGAUGGCCAACCUUGGCAACUUUUAAGACUUGUGGACUUCAGCUCCCAGAAUUCCCCAGCCAGCCAUGCUGGCUGGGGAAUUCUGGGAAUUGACAUCCACAGCUUUUAAAGUGGCCAAAGGCAGACACUUCUGCCUUGGAUGUAAGAAUGUGCAGCUUGAGAACAAAACCACCAACCUUAUCUCUUGUUUCCUGUUUUUGUCUCUUGACGUCUGGAAGGAAAGAUCUCCAGUUUGAUGGAAGUUCAUGUUACACAACCGGUGUUUGUUUAGUACACAAUAAAAAUAAAUUCUGCUUUUGAGAAA